AUGUGCAUCGCGCUGAUCAGCAAUUAUCAAUUAGAGAUAUUAUUUGUCAAGUCGCUAAGAACAAUGGACCCUCUUAUCCUUGAAGUUUACCAGAACCGAGCGAUGAAGCUUUUGUUGACCACUUUGGCAAGGUGUCUUAUAGUGUCCAACUUCUUGGCAGAAGCCUUGUAUAUCAGCCAAAAUUGGUUCCUGCUGCGGAGUAUCCUGAGCAUGAGGUGGCACUGUGGCUAUUGGGUAGCCGGAGUCUAUAUCAGCCUCCAGGUGACGACGCAACUUACUGGGUCCCUGCUGCUCGUGGUCCAAAGGGAGAGAUUCUGGGCCACGGGAAUACUGUGGAUGGCGGCCCACAUGCGCCUGGCCGCCAAUCCGACGCUGUGGAGCCUGACCAGGUACAUGGAGCUCUGUGGACCGAUCAGCGCCCUCCUCCUAAUGAUGCUGAAUUCCAGAAGACAGGCUGUUGUCUCCUUUCUGCUGAUUACCUACCUUAACUUCAAGGAUCUGGAGUGCUUGUUGUGGCACAUCAUCUAUAAGUACGUCCUAAAGGUCCUGCUGGCCCUCGUAAUGGUGGGCUUCCGGUUGAAGAUUUCAGCCGGACUACUGGUCCUUCUAAUGGCCAUUCACUGCCUGGACACCCAUAUUUGGUGGGAUGCGUCCUUCGAAGGGAACUCAUUGGCCACGAGGGAUCUGAGGCGCUUCCACUUCUGGAACAAGGUCUCCGUUGCCGGGGGACUGAUCCUGACUGCCGUUACUACCCGAUAUAACUAUCACAUGUUUUAA